AUGAUGCGGCGCUUGCUCUUCCUCGCGGCAGCCGUGCAAACCACUGCUCUCGCACCCGCAGCACGGCGCCCCGAGCCGUCCCGCCUCGAGAACACGCAGAACUACCGCGACGCGACGGCGGCGUCGGCGCGCUUCAAUAAUGAGCUGCAAGCGAAGGACAAGAAGAAAACGGUCGCGAUCAUUGGAGGCGGUCUGAGCGGACUGAGCUGCGCCAAGUACUUGAGCGAUGCCGGCCACGCCGCGACGGUCUACGAGGCGAGGGACGUGCUCGGAGGCAAGGUCUCCGCGUGGCAGGACGCGGACGGCGACUGGAUCGAGACCGGUUUACAUAUUUUCUUCGGCGCCUACCCGAACAUGAUGAAUCUACUGAAGGAAUUGAAGAUCAGGGACCGGCUCCAGUGGAAGCCGCACCGCAUGUCCUUCGCGAUGCGCCAGCGGCCGGGCGAGUUCACGAACUUCGAGUUCCCGGCGAACGUGCCCGCGCCGUUCAACAUGGCCGCGGCGAUCCUGACGAACCGCGAGAUGCUCUCGUUGGUGGACAAAAUUAAGAUGGUGCCCGGCCUGCUGCCGAUGCUCAUCGAAGGGCAAGACUUCAUCGACGCCCAGGACGAGCUCUCGGUCCUCGAGUUCAUGGAGAAGUACGGCAUGCCCGACACGGUCAACGAGGAGAUCUUCAUCGCGAGGGCCCGUGCAUACAUCUCUGCUGGCUAUGACUCACUGGUUUUGCGCACAGGCCAUGGCCAAGGCACUCGAUUUCACCGAUCCGGACCGCAUGUCCAUGACGGUCAUAUUAACAGCGAUGAACCGUUUCAUUAACGAAGCCGACGGCAGCCAGACGGCGUUCCUCGACGGCAACCAGCCGGACCGCGUCUGCGCGCCGAUCGCGGAGCACGUCCGCGCGGCAGGCGGCGACGUGCUCGUGGAGAAGCCGUUGGAGCGCAUCGACGUGAACGACGACGGCAGUAUCGCCAGGGUCGUCUUGAGGGGCGGCGAGGAAGUUUUGGCGGACGAAUACGUCUCCGCGCUGCCCGUCGACGUGCUGAAGCGCGUCGUGCCCGAAGCGUGGUCGACGCUGCCCUACUUUCGGCAAUUGGACGAGCUGGAGGGCAUCCCGGUAGCGCGCCGGUGUCCUGCGAACUCGCGCCGACCUCGCGGCGAUGGCGUGCCGGUGGGAUCUACGCGGCCGUGACGUCGUCGACGCGGCACACGGACGAGAAUAGUUCACCGUUCCGCCCCGCGCAGGUCAUGAACCUGCAGCUCUGGUUCGACACGAAGUUCGAGAGCUCGCUGGACGGCCUGGCCUUUUCUCGAAGCCCUCUACUCUCGGUCUAUGCGGACAUGUCGAUCUGCUGCGAGGAGUACGCCUCGGACGAGACGAUGCUGGAACUAGUCUUCGCUCCGGUGACACCCGAGACCGGCGCGAGUCGUAACUGGCUCGCGGCCUCUGACGAGGAGGUGGUAGAGGCGACGCUCGACGAGCUGAGGCAGUUGUUCCCCGACGACCUGAAAACAGCAAAACUGCGCAAGUCGACUGUGGUCCGCGUGCCGCGCUCCGUCUACGCGGCCGUGCCGGGCCGCAACAAGUACCGCCCGUCGCAGAAGACGCCGAUCCCGAACCUGACGCUCUGCGGCUGCUUCACGAGCCAGAAAUACCUCGGCUCGAUGGAGGGCGCCGUUUUAGCUGGGAAAUUAGCCGCGGAGGUCGUCGCGGCGCGGGCCGUCGGCGCGCCGACGCAGGACCUGAAGGAGGUCCAGCGCCACGUCGUCGACGCCGCGGCGACGGCGGCGCCGAAGAAGCCGGUCGGCUGCGGCGGCGGCGACUCGCCGAUCGCGUUCGGGGGCGGCGAGGUCGUCGCGGCUCGGGCCUCGAGGUAAUUGUUUGUUCGUACAAUAAUC